AUGGCUUCUGCCCCGCCCCACGCCACCAACCCCUCAUCGCGCAAGACCUUCACCAUUGGCACGCGCAAGUCCAAGCUUGCUCUGCUUCAAACGGACCUGGUUCAAGCGGCGCUCAAGCAAACAUGGCCUGACUACGAAUUCAAGAUCCAUUCCCGAGAGACCGCAGGCGACCAGAACACGACCAUUGCGCUCCGUGACUUCACGACCAAGAACCUGUGGACCCAGGAACUGGAGGACCUUCUGAUUGCUGGCCAGGUCGACUUUAUUGUACACUCUCUCAAGGAUGUGCCGACUCUCCUCCCCUCCUCCUGCACCCUCGGCCCUAUGAUGAAGCGCGAAGACACAAGAGACGUCCUGGUCAUGAAGAAGGGCCUUUCAUACAAAAGUCUGGCCGAGCUGCCCGAAGGCUCCGUUGUCGGUACCUCCUCCAUCCGUCGUACCGCCCAACUUGCCCGUCGCUACCCCCACCUCAAGGUCAUGGAUGUGCGCGGUAACAUUGGCACUCGGUUGUCGAAGCUGGAUGCAGAGGAUGGCCCUUUCACGUGUCUCAUCCUGGCUGCCGCUGGCUUGCUGAGAUUGGAGCUGGGCGAUCGUAUCACCAGCUAUCUGGACUCGAAGAACGGGGGAAUGCUCUAUGCUGUCGGUCAGGGUGCUCUCGGCAUUGAGAUCCGGAAGGAUGACCAGCAAGUGCUGGACAUGCUACAGAACAUCGGUCAUAGGGAGACCACUUUUGCUAGUUUGGCAGAGCGCAGCCUUCUGCGUACUCUUGAGGGUGGAUGCAGUGCGCCGUUGGGUGUAGAGUCCGAAUGGGUCAAUGGUGCUUUGAGGAUGCGCUCCAUUGUGGUUAGUGUGGAUGGUAAGGAGAGCGCUGAGGUUGAGAUCGAUGGGGCUGUUGAUUCGCCUCAGGCUGCGGAGGAGUUCGGUGUUACUGUGGCUAAGGCGUUGGUCGAGAAGGGCGCCGGCAAGAUUCUGGAGGAAAUCCAGCGCAACAAGCAGACUGCUUAG